AGGUUGUGGUCCAUACUCACUUUGCACCUUCUUUUUGCCUUUGUGCUUCAUAUAAACUCCCUCUUUCACUUGAUUGCUCCCAAAAGGCUAGCUUACUCUCACAACACAAUGGAGGGUAGGAGUAUUGAGAGGAAGAGAACAUUGAUGAUGGAGAAGGUGAGAAGGAACAACACAGUGGAAGAAGAAGUGGAAAAUGAAGUAGAAGAUGAGGAUUGUAUUGGUGAUGCUAGUGUAACUGAAGAAGAGAAGAAGAAAGGGGUUGGUCUUGGGAGAAGAGGAGGAGGAUCAGGUGGUGGUGGAGGUGUUUCUCCACCUUCCUGCCAAGCUGAAAGGUGUGGAGCUGAUUUGACCGAUGCAAAGCGAUAUCAUCGCCGCCAUAAAGUGUGUGAGUUUCAUUCCAAGGCACCUGUCGUGGUGGUUGCAGGACUGAGGCAGAGGUUUUGUCAACAAUGUAGCAGGUUCCAUGACUUGGUAGAGUUUGAUGAAUCUAAAAGAAGCUGCCGCAGGCGGUUGGCUGGACACAAUGAACGGCGCCGGAAAACCAAUCCAGAAGCUGCCAAUGAAGGAUGCAGCCACAGCAAAGGGCAAAAUCAACCUAAGGAAGCACAGUGCAGGAUUCAGAUGAACUUACCAGCAGGGAGUUCUGGAUAUAAGUCUUUUAAUAUUAGGUGAAGCUAUAAAGUGUUGAGUUCAGUCAGCUAGCUCCCUCUCUUCUGUCACCUUCUGCUUUCUUACAGGCCAAGGCAUAUAAUAAAGAACCAUUUGUAUUUUAUGUUCACCACCAAAUGUCCAAAAUCCAAAGGCCAUGGAGAAGCUCUAUGUUCACUUAGUAGUGAGUGAGUGCCUUUUGUUUCUGUUUGCCUUUAUCACAAGUAAGUACCCUUGAAUGCUGUAACCCUGUAAUAAUAGAAUAAAAAGCUAUUGUUUCUUUU